AUGAACUUCCGUACAAUCGAACCUGAGGACAAAUUUCCUCGUGUCCCAAACGCUCUUGCAUUCAUUAUCUACCGAUUCUUGCCCAUUUUCUGUCUUACCACAUUCACAUGCUGGUUCUUUCAGAGACACAGUUUCUAUGUGAGUGUGUGGGAUAUGUACUGGAUGUAUGUCACGAUGUUCAUCGCAACCUUUAGCGCCAUUGGCGGUAGCUGCAGUAGCGGAAAUGAUAGGAAGGGGGUAAUUAGUUGUCACGAUUCUAUCUUAUCAAAAGACUUCUCUCCGUCUGAAAAGCUUUCUCAGGUUCGACUGCUUCUCGAAUCCUAUGAUGAGAGUAAAAGUCCCAACUUUCCUUUCGGAUUUCGUAAAAAAUCAUGGACAGCGGAACGGAGAAAGAGGGAAAUUCAGCUCCAAAAAGAACGCUUCGCAUUUAUUCUAUCUGGUUCGCGACAAGGAAUUCCGAAUUUGACAUCUCUUCGCGAACACAUCUAUUUGAGCUCAAUGUGGUGGGUGACAUCUGGCCUUAUUGUUCGUGUUUUCCGCCCUGAAAUUAGAAGCUGGGACCAUUUCCUCGGGUACUGGACGUUUGGAAAGAUUCACCAUAUUCUAUAUUUUAUCUGCAUCCUAAUUCUGCUUAGUCGCUUCGGUUUUCAACAUAGUGUAUGGACUUCCUGGAAUGUAGCAAGGUUGGGCCAAACCGCCGAAUGUGUCCGUUACUACUGCGGAAGUAUUGAUUACGAAAGGGCCACCGAGAGCAAGCGUACAGAGUUGGAAUGGUGGAUUGAAGGGUUAUUAAGAGACAAUAGCGAUUCGUUUGCGCUGGCGGAAGAAAGAAGACGAAUCAUUAUUGCUCCUCUACAAAGGAUGAUUCGCGAGAACACGUUUUGCGAGAGAGUUGGGACAUCAGGAGAAGAAGCUCUUGAAAGCCGGGGCACAGGCCAAAUUUGUAGCGAUUGUGAAUCUGCACACUGUUGUCUGUCUAAGAGUGUUAAACUGCAAUAG